ACCCUUCUUGGUAGAUUUUUGAGGGUGCACCAUGCUUCCAUAGUAUAAAAUUUACUAAAAGUUUCGAGUGUAAAAUUAACUCGUUAUAUAAAGUUGUUGAGCUCCAGCUGCAAUGCAUUCAGAUACGUAUUCUCUCUCUCCCCUCUCACAUCAGCACGAAACUCUAGAGCCUCCAUGUGUCAUGUACGAUGUACCAUACCUCCCAUUACUGCAUAUAUGGUCAGCAUUUAAGUUAAGCCAACAACCAAGGGUCCAGAUUUUCUCCUUCAUUUCACAAUCCAAAGUCUUUCUUUAUAUCUACUCGUCCCCAACCCAACCAAACCAAAGAAAGUCUCUCCUCUGAAUUUCAUUAGGCAUUAUUAAACACACAAUAGUCCCUUUUUCUGUGAAAAAAUGGUGAAUGCUUUGAUGGGUUUGGGUGGUCUGCUCUUUCUUUUGGUGAUUUUGAAUGGGGUGGUUGUUAAUGGAGAAAGGGUGAAGCUUUUUGUAUUUGGGGACUCAACAGUGGAUUGUGGCACCAACAAUUACAUAAAUACCAGCAUGGAAAACCAGGCAAAUUACUUCCCUUAUGGUGACAAUGGCUUCUUUGGUCACCCAACUGGUCGAUUCUCAGAUGGUAGAGUGGCUCCAGACUUCAUAGCUGAACUUGCAAAUUUGCCUCUCAUUCCACCAUACUUACAAAAGAAGGUGGAUCAUUCAAAUGGAGCCAACUUUGCAUCCGGAGGAGCAGGAGUUCUCAAAGGGACAAAUGAAGGACUGGUUGUGGACCUGGAAACGCAAGUGGCACAAUUCAUGGAUCUUGUAGAGAGAUACAAGAUAAAAUUAGGGCACUUCGAAGCAAAACAAAUGGUCUCAAAUGCAGUUUAUUACGUAAGCAUAGGAAGCAACGACUAUUUGGUGGGAUACCUUCCAGAUUCCGAAGCUCAACAGUUAUAUACUGGGGAUGAAUUCAGGGACUUCGUAAUCGGCAAUUUAUCGGCACAAAUCCAGAUAUUAUACAAUUGUGGGGCAAGAAAAUUCCUACUUUCAUCAGUGGCUGAUCUAGGAUGUUUGCCUGGCAUACGUGCACUAACUAAUGGAACAUGCCUAGAGUCUGCCACUUUUCUCAGUGUAUCACACAAUACAGCUCUUGAGAAACUCUUAACAAACCUAACCUCCAUAUUAUUGGAUUUUAAGUACAUCGUCUUCGAUCUCUUUGAGUUUCUGACAGUAAGGACUGAAAACCCGCAAAAAUAUGGAUUUAUUGAGGCACUCGAAGCUUGUUGUGGAACCGGGCCCUUUCGAGGGCUUGACACAUGCGGGGGCAAGAAUGGUGUUGCCGAAUACCAUCUAUGCCCCGAUUCAGCCGUGCACAUGUGGUUUGAUGCUUACCAUUGUACAGAGAGCGUACACAGGCAAGUUGGACAAACAUUGUGGGAAGGCACGGACAAUGUCGUAAAGCCUCUCCCUCUUAAGGUCUUCUUCGACGACGAGGCUCUACAUGUGUAUCUGGAACAGCCAGGAAAAGAGAUGAUAGCACAAACCAUAGGAUGCAGUUCCCAGUAAAUUAUGUGACUAUGAUAUCCUCUGUAGUUUAUAUGAGGCCCUCUUGUUUUAAAUUAGAUUUUGAAUAUUCAGGACCAUGGAAGUUGGUACAAAGGUACCGUUAAGCUUUUCAUAUAUCUGUAUUAUAUAUUAUCAAAAGAACACGGUUUUCGUGAGUCAGCAGACUCACCUAUUACA